AGCAUGGUGACGGUGAGAUAAGCAACCAGGAACUGCUGCUGAGCGGAGGAGCCAAACAGGACAGACGACGAGCUCCGCGAUUUAUCUGCUGUGAGCGUCUCCUCCAGAAGAACUCCACAUGGAGCCAACAAAUCUCCAGAAAGCUAUAGCCAUCGCACAGAAGGCCUCGCAAGAGGACCAGGCUGGGAACUAUGAGGAGGCAAUCCGCUCCUACCAACAUGCAGUGAAGUACUUUCUGCACAUUGUGAAACGUGAACCUCAGGGUAAAGAUGGCAACCAGAAGAUCAGAGAUAAAUGUAAACAGUACCUGGACAGAGUGGAAGAGCUACAGGCAUACCUGGAGAAAAAAGAGAAAGCCAUUGAUCUUGCCAGCAAGGCAGCUCAGGAGGACAAAGCUCAGAACUAUGAGGAGGCUCUCCGUUUGUACCAGCAUGCUGUUCAGUACUUCCUCCAUGUGGUGAAAUAUGAAGCCCAGGGUGACAAAGCUAAGCAGAGCAUCCGGGCAAAGUGCGCCGAGUACCUGGACAGAGCAGAGAAGCUGAAGGAGUAUCUAAAGAAGAAAGAGAAGGCUCCACCUGCCAAGCCUGUCAAAGAGUCACAGUCUGACGACAAAGGGAAUGAAAGUGAUGAAGGUGAUAAUCCAGAGAAAAAGAAAUUCCAGAAUCAGCUCUCAGGUGCAAUUGUAAUGGAGAAGCCAAACAUCAAAUGGAAUGAUGUUGCUGGCUUGGAGGGAGCCAAGGAAGCCCUGAAAGAAGCUGUUAUUCUUCCCAUCAAAUUCCCCCACCUUUUCACAGGAAAGAGGACACCGUGGAGAGGAAUCCUGCUCUUUGGACCUCCAGGUACAGGAAAGUCCUAUCUGGCUAAAGCCGUCGCCACAGAGGCCAACAACUCAACCUUCUUCUCCAUCUCCUCCUCUGACCUCGUCUCCAAAUGGCUGGGAGAGAGUGAAAAGUUGGUGAAGAAUCUUUUUAGCCUUGCACGGGAGCACAAGCCUUCUAUAAUCUUCAUUGAUGAGAUCGACUCCCUUUGCGGCUCCCGAAGUGAAAAUGAGAGUGAGGCUGCUCGCCGUAUCAAGACAGAGUUCCUGGUCCAGAUGCAGGGAGUGGGGAAUGACAACGAAGGAGUGCUGGUGCUUGGGGCAACAAACAUCCCAUGGACUUUAGACUCUGCUAUCAGAAGAAGAUUUGAGAAGAGGAUCUACAUCCCGCUGCCUGAGGAGCACGCCCGCUCCUUCAUGUUCAAGCUCCACCUGGGCUCCACCCCCAACAGCCUCACCGAAUCGGACUUUGUCACUCUGGGCAAGAAGACAGACGGAUACUCUGGAGCAGAUGUCAGCAUCAUUGUCAGAGACGCACUCAUGCAGCCUGUCAGGAAGGUCCAGUCAGCUACUCACUUUAAACGGGUACGAGGACCAUCGAGAGACGACCCCAACCUUCUUGUAGACGACCUCCUGACCCCUUGCUCGCCCGGGGAUCCCAAUGCAAUUGAAAUGACAUGGAUGGACGUUCCUGGGGAAAAGCUAUUGGAACCCGUUGUUUGUAUGUCUGACAUGCUGAGGUCUCUGUCUAACACAAAGCCAACAGUCAAUGAACAAGACCUGGACAAACUGCGGAAAUUCACAGAAGACUUUGGGCAGGAAGGCUAAGUGGGAUGUUUUCGCCAAGCCAAACCAAAGCAAAGGAAUUGUGAUUGUGAAGUGUUCUUUCUCUCUCCUGUCUUUCUCCCUUUCUCUCUCUCUCUCUUCCCCGAACGAUUCGCCAGGCCUAGCGGUGUUUCACAAGUCGGCCACAUGAUUGCUCUGUUAAGCCAAUCUGGUGGUCCCACAAGAGUGGAAGACAGUUUCAUUUGACAUCCUCUGUUGUUCCAAAGAGGAUCCAGGCCGUUUUCACCUGCAGUUUUUUUGCAGCUGACUUGAUGAAGUGUCAGUUGGUCACUACUUUGAAUUGAAAGAGCAUUUUUUUUGGUGUGCACUAAAACCUAAAGGAAUUGUUGAGCAGAACACCUAAGCAGCUUUGGGCAAAUCUGAUUAUACAUACACAAAACUAUUGCAAAUGAGGCUAUUAAAAUCAAAAGACAUGAGAACGAUUUCAUUAAUUUAUUUUGUUGGGACUUACCCAAGUAUCCCUAACUUAUCUAAUAUCUGACCUAUAUUUCUUAUUUCCUACCUGGCCGUCAAAGUAUAUCUCACUAGAAAUGCCUGUAUUUCUCCUCUAUUUUUUAUCAGUAAGAUGAAAAGAAUUUUAUAGUAUGUACUUUUUGUGGAACUGUAUAACCUUUGGGCUGGUGGGACUGAAACUAACAGUGCAUGACAUUGCUCUUUGAUGAGUUCUUAUGAUUUUUAGUGGUGAAAUAUAGGCCUUUGUAGUCACAAGGUGGUGGACACGAUAGGGGUUGAUACACAAACACAUACUCAGGAUGACAGCUGCGUCGGGACAUUUUGUAUUGUUUUUCAUCCUGUUUCAUCUUUUAACAAAUGACAGUUGUAUAUGUUGAUUGUCAUUUCGGAUUCCAAAAGGCUGUUAUGAGGGAUCACCAAAUGUGCCGGACCAUUAUUUUAUCGUCAAGGACUCAAAGUAGUUUUGGAUUUGCUUAGUUCCUCAGCUCAUUGAGACUGUCCACUGACUGUGUCUUUCCAUUAUCAUGCACCUGGAAAAAGGUAUUGCUGAUAAUACAUGAUGCAAAAUUGAAAAAAAAAAGAAGAAAAAAAGAAAAAAAAAAGCCUUAAGAUGAAAUAAGUGUGGGUUUUGAUGAAACAA